GUAAAUGUGGACGUGUACUACGAGUCUUUGUGCCCUGACAGCAAAAAAUUCAUCAACACCCAACUUUAUCCAUCUCUUCAGAACUCACUCAAGAACAGCGUACGCUUGAACUUAAUUCCUUAUGGAAAAUCUACGCACCAGACGCGCGGAUCAGACGUAGAAUUCGAAUGUCAUCAUGGUCCAAAUGAAUGCUACGGUAACAAAGUACAUGCCUGUGCUCUAAACCACAUCCAGGUGGAUUCUUUCCAACAAAGACACACAAGAGAAUCUUUGAUCCUCACCUAUAUCAACUGUCUGAUGGAGAAUUCUAAUCUCAACCCCAGCAACCUCUUCCCAACUCAGAUG